AUGUCCUCCUAUGGCCAACUGCUCAGCGCCCGCUGUGCUUCACCCUGCGAGGUGACAUGCGCCCAGCCCUACGUCGACGCCUGCAGCGAGCCUUGCGUGGCUGCAUGCGGAGACUCCCGAGCCAUCGUCUACGCCCCGCCUGUGGUCGUGACAUUCCCGGGGCCCAUCAUCAGCUCCUGUCCCACCGAGAGCAUCGUUGGGUCGUCCAUCCCUGAAAUCGGCGGGGGAAUGGGGUCUGGAGGGGGUGGCAUGGGGUCUGGAGGAGGUGGGAUGGGAUCUGGAGGUGGGAUGGGAUCUGGAGGUGGUGGGAUGGGAUCUGGAGGGGGCUCCUCCUGCGGGGGUGGGAUGUCACGGCUGGGGAGCCUCUACCGCGGCUCCUCCUAUUUCUCCGGCUACAAUAGGAAUUAUUACCCCUAUUAUUCCAGAGGGUACUACAGGUAUCGCUACGGGAACUAUGGGAACUAUGGGAACUAUGGGAACUACGGGAACUACGGUCCUUUUUAACCCUUUAAAGCUGAGGAAUGUCCCAAGGAAAAAUAGGAUGCAGGGUGGUAGUUGAGAGCUAGGAAUUCCAAGCAGUCUCUGCUCCAGCUGAUCUGGUCAGAGCUGGGGUUGUUUGGAUCUUGUUUGUGCUUUAUCCAAGGCUUAGGAUCCUGGUGUUCCCUCCCUUUGUCCCUUACUCCUGUUGUGUUUUGUACUCCCUGAACCCAAAGAGUCAAACCUGUGAAAGUGGUUGUGAAAAUGUCCGGCUGGAAAAAGAAUGUCCUGGAAUGACUGCUGGACUGGAGUCCAGGCUGAAAUGGGAAUGCUGAAAAUGGGAAUGCUGAAAUGGGAAUGCUGAAAAUGGGAAUGCUGACACGGGAAUGCUGAAAAUGGGAAUGCUGACACGGGAAUGCUGACAUGGAGAUUCCGUUCUUUGUCUCUGCACUGCCUCAUCCCACUUUUUGUUUGUAUUAAAGCCCUGUUGCAUCA